AUGGCAUUCGUCGAACUUAAAGACCUCCUAUCAUCAGCACCAGUGUUACAAAGCCCGGAAGCCGAUAAACCUUUAUACUUAUAUUUAUUUGUUUCCAAUUAUUCCAUAAGCUCGGUUCUCAUCACUGAGACAGGAAAGACACAAAAGCCUGUAUACUUCGUCAGCAAAGUUAUGCAACCAACAGAACGAAGAUAUCCAAAAAUAGAGCAGCUGGCCUUAACACUAGUAACAACAGCAAAAAGACUUAGACACUACUUUCAGAGCCACACAAUAAUUGUAAGGACGAACCAACCAUUGAGGCAAAUAUUAACAAAACCAGAGCUGGCAGGACGGUUGACCAAGUGGUCUAUUGAACUUUCUGAGUUCGAUAUCCAAUUUCAGUCAAGGCCAGCUUUAAAGUCACAAAUCCUUGCAAACUUCGCUUUUGAACUCACACCUGAUGAGCACCAACACAGCCAGACUUGGGAAUUACAUGUGGAUGGAGCAUCAAACCGAGAAGGAAGCAGAGCCAGGAUAGUACUAAAGGAAGGAGACAUAGUGAUGACUGAGCAAUCUUUACAAUUUCACUUCUCGGCAAGCAACAAUCAAGCCAAAUACGAGGCGCUCAUAGCAGGACUUAAGCUCGUCUUCAGCCUUCAAGGAGAAUUCCAGGUAAAAGAUCCUUUGUUAGAGCAGUAUUGGCUCAUAGCAAAGGAUCUCAUUUCAAAACUUGAUAAAUUCGUCAUAUUACAUGUGCAUGGAGAAAAGAACAUUAGAGCAGACAUAUUAUCUAAACUUGUCGCCACUAGGGCUAGUACACAAACAUCGGCUCUAUCACAACUUACACUAGAAAAACCCAGCAUUGAGUCACUAUGCAUAAUGAGCAUCACUCACACAGAUGAUUGGAGAAUACCCUAUAUUGAAUAUAUUAAUACUGGUAUUAUUCCUAGAUAUGAGACUAACCCUCAAAAUUUCAAACGAAAGGCAAGUCUCUUUACAACUGUCACAGGAGAACUAUACAGGCGAGAGUUUUCACAUCCAUUGCUGAAAUGCCUCGGCAGAAACGAAGCAAAUGAAGUCAUGAAUGAGAUCCACGAAGGUGUAUGUGGAAACCAUAUAGGAGGACGAGCUUUGGCAGCAAAGAUUAUCCGAAUAGGAUAUUACUGGCCGACCAUAAAAAGGGACUGCAUCACGAAAGUAAAAACCUGUGACAACUGUCAAAAGCGUGCCGCUAUCUCAAUGAAGCCCGCCGAGGUAAUGCACAUCAACCCAGGUGAAACACCGUUCAAACUAGUUUACGGAUCACAAUCACUAAUUCCAAUUGAAGUCGACAUUCCUACCCUCAGAACCGAGCUAUACAAUCAACAACAAAAUGCCAACAUAAGAAACGCCGAGCUUGAUCUUGCCGAGGAAGAUCGAGAUAUCGCCGCUAUCAAGCAAAAAGCCAUAAAGCAGAUAAUUGAAAGAAGGCACAAUAAAAAGGUGGUGCCAAGAACACUCGAUGUCGGAGACCUCGUCCUCAGACGAACAGAGGAAGCUAAGCAACCUCCAUCACACGGUAAGCUCGCCGCAAAUUGGGAGGGACCAUUCCGGAAACUUAUACACUUAUACACUUAG